UGCAUUGCCUUGAUAGAUUUUCUUGAGCGUCAUAUUAAAAUACCAACAGAAAUGAAGCAAAGUCUAAUGAUAUUACACAGUUAUCUUCUUGUCAAGCUUCAAGUUAAAUUAGGUGCUCAUGAUAAAGCAGCUCGUUUGUUAGUUCGAGUAGCUAGUAACAUCAGUAAAUUCCCUAGUCAUAUUGUUCCAAUACUAACAUCUACUGUCAUUGAAUGUCAAAGGUCAGGACUUAAAGAGUCUGCAUUUACAUAUGCUGCUAUGCUAAUGAAGCCUGAAUAUCGUCCUAACAUUGAUGUGAAAUGGAAGAAGAAAUUAGAAAGCAUUGUCAGAAAACCAGAGCGGAGUGAGGUUGAGGAUGCCACAACUCCUUGUCCUGUUUGUUCCUUUAUGCUCCCACAAAUGAGACUAGACUGUCCACAGUGCAAGAACAACCUUCCUUACUGUAUUAUCACUGGUCAUCACAUGGUAGCUGAUGAUUGGUCUGAAUGUCCUUUUUGUCAUUUUCCAGCAGUUUAUUCAGAGUUUAAGAAGUUAUUGGAGUCAGAGAAUACAUGUCCAUUAUUAUGUUCAGCAGAGAUCUCUUCUGAUUUGAUUUAACUCAUCUCUGAUAUACAGACUAAAUUAAGAAAUUAUUGUUAGACUUUUCCAUCACUUAUGUACACCUCCUUUUAUUUAAGCAGAUUCAUGUUAGAACGAGA